CGUUAGCUUUGCCCAAAUUUCUCUCCCUCCCGCAGUCUCCCCUUUCAAACCCUAAAUUCCACAUUGUCUGGUUCCGACUAUGACUAGGCCCAUUGUCUCCGUUUUCUCAGCGAUUCAGGUCACACUUUGAUUUUCUCUUUGUUUUUGUUUAUGUGAUUUUCUUCAAUUACACUAGUGUCUUAAUUGAUCCAUUUCUGCUUGCUUUACUGUAUCAAAUUCAAAAUGCUAAAAUUUUUUGACUAAUUUGUUGUUAUGAGUUUUCGAGUUAUAGAUUGUUGAAUUACAAACUCAUAGCUAAAACUGUUUUUGUUUUGUUACAAAUUUUUCACAACUGAUAUUCAUAUAAUAUCCCUAGUGAAUCAAUCAAAUUCAGUAGUGGACUUUUGAUCUGAUGGCCACCGAAUCAAACUCAAAAAGAUAUGCAGAAGAGGUUGAUCGGAUUAGCAAUCUACCAGAAUGUCUUCUCUACGACAUUCUUUCACUCCUCCGAACCAAACAAGCUGUUGCCACAUCAGCAUUGUCGAAAAGGUGGAAGCUGCUGUGGACUAAGCUCACCGUUCUUGAUUUCCAGCACUCCGUAACUCGGAACCAAGACAUUGGUAAUAACAAUGGCCGCAUGACCUUUACCCAUUUCGUAUGCAAUGUUUUGCUUCUCCACAAGCCGCUUCCCGUGAAGAAAUUCCGGCUGGCGCUCGAUUCUUUUGACGAUUCAAUCCAUUUCCACGUCUCUUCGUGGAUUUGCUAUGCGGUGGAUCACGGGGUUGAAGAACUGGAACUCUUGCUCCUUUUUAGAAAACCAUUUGAGUUGCCUCGUUGCUUUUUUGGUUGCAAAUCACUGAAGAUUGUGACACUAUAUGGCGAUAUUGUUCUCAAUUGUCCUUCAUUUGUACACCUUCCGAAUCUCAAGGAUCUUCGUCUUGGCAGUCAAUUAUGCUCGAAUGAGGACUCGUUUCGUAGCGGCUUGAUUGGUAUCCCAAACCUCAUAACAUUUUUCAUUGGUAGAGUACGACAAGAUGAUGUAACGACUAUUAAUAUCUGUCACCCUAGAUUACUCUUUUUUUGCAUCCAGAAUAAAGUACCAUUUCCUUUUAAAAUUGAGAUUGACGCGCCUAGUCUUAAGUGUCUUUCUUUCUUUGAUGGAUCUGGCCAAGAUAGUUUAACGACCAACAUUGUUAAGGCGACUUUUAAUUUAUCUGAACACAAGCAACAGGCUGAUGAACAUGACAGUUGUGGUCACCUUCUUACAGAGCUCCCUAGCGUUCAAAGUUUGUUAGUACGUCAUACCAAGGUGCGGUCUCUUAGAUUUGUUUUUUCUCUUCCCAUGCUUAAUAUUUUGAGGUCACUGCAAUUUGAUGCAAAAUGCUGCAAAUGGCAUAUACUACCAAGGUUGCUUGAAAGUGCUCCUAAUCUUGAGAAACUUAUUCUUCAUAAGGUGGAUACUGAUGGACCACAUGAGUUGUGCUGUUGGACAGACCCACCGCAUGUUCCCAAAUGUCUAGAAUCAUGCCUUCGGAUAAUUUCUUUAGUAAAAUUUAAAUGCUGGGAACAUGACUUGGAAUUCGUACAAUUUUUUCUGAAGAAUGCAAAAGUCUUGGAAAAAAUGGGAAUUUUUACUGGUUUAUUGGAUUUGGCAGAAAAUACUCGAAUUCUCAAGAAUUUUUCAGAGUUACCAAGGGGUUCUUCUAAGUGUGAACUUUUUCUUCUCAACGGUAUCUUCUCUCUCAAUUGGGCCUUGUUUAUAACUUUAUAUGAUCAAACAGAUCACUGAAAUCAGUCAUCAAAUUAAUCCGGUCCUAGCUCUUUUUAAACAUACUAACAUAGCAUUUUAAAACCCAUUGGCCAUUAGAUUAAUUAACUAUAAUUAAACUAAGAAAAUAUCUAAUUAAACUAAAACUAAUUAGACUAUACAAAUAAAAGUUGGAAAACCCUACCCUACAUGCCCCAUACUUUUCACUCUCACACUUUCCCCUCUCACAUUCAGACAACCAUAGCCUCCACUCCACACUCCCUCUCAUGCCAAUCUGCCUCCGCCACCGCCACUCGCCACUCGCCACCCUCUCUUCUUGUUGUGACUGUGGCUGUGCGACGAAAAUGGCAUCAGCAGCAAGGUCUCCACCAUCGCCACCACUCUAAGACAACGUCAGUGCCGAGCACCACCUCCGGGAAGCCGAGGACCAUCUCCACGAAGCCAUAGAGGAGCUCCAAAUCUGCUUGAUCAUCGGCUUCUCAUCUCAAGAGUUAAGACUCAGGGUGAGUCUCUUUUGAAAAUCUUGAUACCCUCUCUCUGUUUUGUGUUUUGGGUUUUGUUUAAUACUAAAUCUAAAUCAAUAUAGUUAGGGCUUUGAAAAUAGUGAAUCAAAGAUCAAGAUGUUUAUUUUUUCAAGUUUAUAUGCAAAUAAAGUUAGGGAUUUGAAAAAAUGAUAACCCAUGUGCUUGGCUGAAUCUCUGUUUUGUAGUAACAACAUACUAAAUAUUGCAUUUUAAAAAAAAAAAAAAAUUGGAAAAAAAAAAAACCAAAGGCCCAACUGGCCCAAACUCAAGGCACAAAAACCGAACACCGACUAAAAAACCGACCGAAACCAAAACAAACUGAAACAGAUUGAGUUCCAGCUGUUUCGAUCGGUUUUGGUUGAGAACUUUGCAAACCGAAAAUUUCGGUUUCGAUUGGCCAGAUUAAAAAAAAAAAAAAAAAAAACCAACC